AUGGCGCGCGCACUUCUCGCUGUCUCGGGCCUCUCGCGCCCGCUCUCAGUUUCUUGCGGGGGAUAUGAGCUCAUUCCCCCGGGACCGAAAGAGGUGUUCAAGAGCGAGGGGGGAUCCCUCCGACAGUGGGGCCCCUCUACAGCUGUGGAGAAGUGGGCGCGGGUGGGAGUAAAGGAACUGAUUCUGGAGCCCGGGGGAAUGUUGCUGCCCCAGUAUUCGAACGCACAGUCGCUGGGAUACGUGCUGGAAGGGUCUGCGAGAGCGGAGCUGAUCGACCCCGUCGUGCCUACUAGCCUGCGCCGGCUGAAGCAGGGUGACGUGGUCGUCCUCCCAGAGGGCCACGUCUUUGGCCUGCACAACGACGGCAGCGAAAUAUUCAAGAUCUUGGGCGUGGACCGCGGCACGGAGCGCGCGUGUGGCCUGGACAGUCCUACGAACUUCACGCUUUUCGGCAACCGCGACGACAAGUCCGGCGGCGCUUCCAUCCUCAACGGCUUCUCGAAAGACGUCCUCGCGGCCGCGUUCAACGUCGACGAGCCGACGGUCGAACAGCUGCUGCCGUCAGAGAAAGGCGCGUCCAUCAUCAAGCUCGAUAAGAAGAAGCGCGGGCGCGGGCGCGCGCACGGGCCCACGCGCGCGGCUGUCGACUGGCCUCUCGGGGACAUGCGCUUCAACCUGGAGGAGACGCCGCCGGAUAUCGUAAACAAGGGCGGGUCAUACAAAGCUGUGACCGUAUCUAGGCUGCCGUCUCUCGAGAAGGUCGACAUUAGCGCCGCAUAUGCGACGCUGAAGCCGGACGCAAUCUUCGCCCCGAGCCGGUACUUUCCCGCGCACCGCGUCACUUACUUCACCCGGGGCAAAGGGCGUAUUCAGGUCGCGGCGCCCGGUGGAACGAAUGCGCUAGACCAGGAAGUUUCUGCCGGGCAGCUGGUGGUCAUCCCCAAGAACUUCCCGUUCAUCACAAUGGCCGCCCGAGACUCGCCGCUCGAGUGGGUGGACUUAUACAUGGCCUGCUCUUCUCUGUGCUUCUGCUUCGUGGCCGGGAAUGAUUCGGUGUACAAGGCACUCCCCUUCGACUGGUUGGUGACGGGCUUCAACGCGGACCCUGAGAUCGAGAAGGUGGUCUUGCGCGCGCGUACCGACGACGCCUUCAUCUCGACCCGUCCCCCAAAGAAAGCUGUCGUCAGCAGCGGCCCGACAAGAGCGGCGAAAAGCACGCGGCCGCAUCUUCUGACGGAGCAUUUGAAGACUUCCUCCGCUAGAUAUCUGGUGGGCCGUUGGGACGCGCCGGAAGGGAACAUGUAG